AUGUCGAUGGCGGGAGGCCCGUCGGGGACGACGGCGUCGCAGCAUGGGGGCGGCGGCGGGGGGUGCUGCAGCUCCAGCGGGACGCUGGAGCUCGUGGCGGCGUUCACGGCGGUGUGCCUCGCACUCUACGGGGUGAUACUGUACCUCAACUACCUAUACGUACGGUGGAGCGGGCGGGACGGCGUGCAUCGGACGGGAUCCAGCACGGCAGCCGGGCCGGCGAGGAAGAGGGCCGGCGGAGGGGGGCUCGACAAGGCGGCGCUGGCAGCCAUGCCGGUGGUCCGAUUCAAGGCGGAGGCGCGUGGCGACGGCAGCGAGGUAAGGGAGGAGUGCGCGGUGUGCCUGAGCGCCAUGCAGGACGGCGACGCGGUGCGCGCCUUGCCCGGGUGCAGGCACGCGUUCCAUGUCGGGUGCGUCGACGUCUGGCUGUGCGCGCAGGCCACCUGCCCCGUCUGCCGCGCGCGCCCUGCUCUCCCGGUUCCGGCAGCGAAGGACGGCUCCAAGAGGGCGGAGACCGCCGGACGGGAGCCGGACCUGGAGAGCCCGGUAUAG